AUGUUUGGGUAUUACAUACUGCCAUUCCACAAAGACUACAACGAUUCAUCCAGCUAUCACACUCCAGUUUCAUCAAACCCAACAUCAAGAAACAACUCUGCUGAUGAUCUGGACUAUGUUGCAAAAGUGAGUGAGCUACAGCACAAGUACUUGAACAAGGUGGUUGAAAAGAGAGACGGCGUCUGCUUGUUUUGCUGGGAUAAGUUGUCCUUGCAAGGAGCACACAUCAUAUCACAAAAGAACAUUGGAAUGGCAUACAACAAACCAUCCAUCUUGUUACGAGCUGGUUUGACGCAGAAACAUCAAAUACAGAACGGACUGUUGUUGUGUAUCAAUUGCCAUGACCAAUUUGGUAAACUAAAGCAAUAUGUGGAUGUAGUGGAUGACAAACUGGUGAUCAAAGUAAUCAAUGAGACGAAUGAUCUGACAAGUGACAAGCACAAGAAGAACGCACUAGAGUUACACAAGACAACAUGUCUCAUUUGGUGUAUGGCUGGUGGUGUAGAAUCUGAUGAUGAAUAUUGUCCAUAUGAUGACGAUGGCUGUACUCCUGUAGAUUACCGGACAAUAAUGAAAGCAACUCAAAUGUCUCUUUCCAUUGCAGUGAGACAGUUUGUCAACCAACAAUGUCUCAUCAAUUGA